AUGGCGAAUCCUAAUCUACCGGGUCGCGCGGGCCAUAAUCUCCCAUCGCCGCCCAGUGUGGAUAGCCCUCUCACUCCAGCAAGUGCAGGAAGCAACCCAAUUUCUUUCCGAGCAAACGUGAACCGCUCAAAAACAAAACGUUGGGUGGAAGCGAAGCAAUAUUCGUAUGAUGGUGGAGACUGGGGCGACGAAGACGAUGAAGAGGAGGAGGAGGAAGCUCCACCGGUCAUGCCCCGACCUCCAUAUGCAACGCAAAGAACCGGCAGCUCAUCCGAGUUGAGUAUCAGGCGUUUGUCUGGAAUGGGAUUUGGAGCUGAAACCGAGUCUCGCGGGAGCCCGACUGUAGACGCCGGUACCGAUCAACAGAAGACCGUUCCUUUCGUCAGACCUGCAGAUCUAUACAAGCGCAUGCAUGAGAGCACACCAACGGGUUCUCCCCAGGUGGGGGCUCCUCCGGCUUUUUUUCAGCCUGGAAGUCAAUUACAACAGGCUGAACCCACCAAUACUCUCUCUGAGCCAGCACAUAAUGUGCCUGCUGUUGGCUUACCUGACAUUAAGCGGAUGUCCUCAUUUGGGACCGAUUUUCUAGAUUCGGGUGACUUGAAUUCGCAGCCUGUUAGCACGGAAAGCAGUGAACCAUCCUUACAGCACAAUCCUUCCCAGGCCUCUCAGGCCUCGGAGGCUUCUCAGGGAUUCACAUCAGUAGUGCAUCAAGCUUUCGAUGUCCCAGAAACCCCAAAUUCCACUGCUGGCAGUGUGGCACGGUCGAACAGCGAUGGAACCUCAAUGAUCAGUCCCAUCAUUAGUAACCGCGGACCUCAGGACAGAACACCCACUAUCCCCGAGGAGCCCGCCGAAUCGAGUACCCCUACUGGUGUUCUCAACGACGUCCCUGCUUUUAUCCCGGGUCACCGACGUGAUCUGAGUGUUCCGAGCCGGGACAACAGCCCUUCAAAGAAACCAGUUCUCACUGAGCAGGAACCACCUUCGGAGGGUCAAGCAGUAAUGUCUUCCAUCUCUCCGGGUCAGGCUCCAUUGCCACAGCCUCUUGAUGGGACGACUCCUGUCACCGAGAAAGUCUUUGUCGCACCGCUAAAUUUUGGCGAAAGGAAGAUGUCUGAGCAAUCUGGAUCUGACGGGUACCGAGGCAGCAUCCCCACGAUCAUCCCCGCCUCUAACGUGGACUCCCCAGAAGACGGAGAUAAUGACCGGUUGCGAGAGGAAAUAAUUCGCUCACUAAGCAGAGAGGGCUCACAAGAACCAGACUAUAUCCCCCAAGCUGGGGAAAAUAAGGAGGACUCCAUUCCACACCAAUAUGAGAAGUAUUGGGAUGGACAAACCGGACCUGGUCUUGAUGAGACUUCCAGGGCUUUGGUUUCUGAAUCUCAUCCGGACUGGAGCGAUUCCCAUCCUCUGGGCUCUCAGGAUCCAUAUGGAACUCAUCAAACACCUGCUGAGUCUUCUUUGGUUGAGGAAGCGCCGCAGAAACCUCGAUUGGGAAGACGGUUCUCGUGGGAAUCAUCCUCUUCGACUGGUCAGCCAACUCAAGCUCCCUCUAGUGGUGAUGUUCCUUUGGCUUCGCAACCACAUGUGCCUGUUUCUGAGGACCUUGCCGCUUACGCACCCGAGAGUGUUGACAGGGAGCUGCCAGCCUAUGAUAGCGAAUGCUCUGACAGCCUGCGCGUCGAGAAACCCAGACUCUCAAUCGUACCUCCAAUUCCGGAGAACAGCUCGACUCCAGUGCAGGUUAUGGGGCCUGUGGAUGGCCAAGGACCCCAAACCAGUGCUCCUGUUAUGCCUGUAGGGAGUUUGUCUGUCGACGAGAAUAAACUCCAGGGCUUCCGUGACAUUCUCAAUAUUGCGUCCGCCGGUGAACGUACGAAGGCCUUCGACAACACGAGAGAUCAGUUUUCUGUCCUUAACAGCGGUCUGAACCACUGGCUUCAAGUCACUAUUCACGAUCACCCGGAGCAUGCAGACCUGGUCUACUCGAGCCAGAGCGUAUCAGGGAUACCUCGAAACUCCCCAUUAAGAAGUCGGUUCCCCAAAAAGCUUGCUUCCAUUGGCAAUCUGACCACGCCAAAGGAGGAUGUUGACCCCACUAGUGCCAGUCAUGUAAGGCGGCCCUCUGGUAACAUCGGAACCAUCAUGAACAAGUCAAACGUUGAACUACGUGGCAAGGAAUUCCUCCAUACGGCGGGCACAUUCGGCGGUAAGGCCGGCGAAGCUGCUAAGGGCUUCUUUGCUAAAGGCAGAAGCAAGUUCCGAGCAGGCGGAGACAAGGAUCAGUCGUCGGCUACUCGGCCAAAGAGUCUUCACUUCGGCUCACAAUCGGAGUCCAAUGGCUCCCAGGGUAAUUCUUCCUUCCGCAGAUCUGUCAACCUAGGCAGUCUGCCUGUUUUUAAAUUUGGGCAAAACAAAAACGCAUCCGCCCUUUCUGGAGAUGAUGCACAGGAUAAGGAACGUUCGGGUAAACGCCUAAAGUCUACCGGAUCCAUGGAUAUCCAACGUCUUCAAACAAAUCUUGAAGGUACAUCAGGAAGAGCUGUCUCGCAGCCUUUGCAACCUUUGUCGUCGGAUGAAGAUCGAGCUCGGAAGACAAACGCCAAAAACUCUGGCAUGGUCAGUGACCUUGAGCAGGAAAUGAUUGCUGCUCUUGGCCUGUCUCCUACUAAGCCUCUACCUGACCCGUUGGCUAACGCGGACCCGACACUGGCCUCCAGUGCACCCGAUGGGCGGCCUCAGGAGACCCGACGACCACCUUUCAAGAACGAAACUGCGAUGGCCGAGGAGAACGUUAUGCAUAACAGUCAACGUUCAAGUGGAGAAAAGAGCCUGCCGGUGCUUGCUGUCAAGGAGUCGAAUAAUCCGGUCAUCUCCGAGGUAAGGAAGUCACGCACCGAGCCUACAAUGGGUUUGCCACAUAUCUCGAUCCCGUCCAUUCGCCCUGUCAUUGAGACCGAGUCCGCCAUUUCACCCGGUACUCUGCCCGAGGCCCUCUCGCCAGACGAUAUUCCGCCAGCCAUCCCACCAAAGGAUCUUGCGCCUCCUGAGGAAGGUCAUACUCGCCAGCGAUCAGUCUCAACGCUUGGUGCCGAUGAAGGGGAUGCGAGCGGCCAGCAGGAUGACACCCCACCUUCCCCGUUGCAGCCACCCUCGCUAGAGACAGAAAGUCCAAUCUAUGGAAAGCCGCUGCCUCACGCUAAGACUUCGUCUUCUUCCCUGCCACCUGUUGAGGAUAUUUCCCCGGGUUUUGUGCCCGUAUCCCUGCCGAGAGCUGCAACAUCUGCAGAAGUACUUGAUGCAAAGCGAAGAUCGAUCAGUGGACUUCCGCCCUCUGCGCCGAAUAUGCAAAGCCCCCUAAGAAAUGAAGUCAGAUAUUCGCCAGCAACCCGAAGCAGCAUGUUAAGCUUUGGCAGCUGGGGUCGCCAGAGUAACAACAGCAAAGGUGGAACUCAACCGCCUACUCCUGGUAAUGAAGUAUCAUCGCAUGUUGAAACAAAUUCUUCAGCACAGAACAGUGGGUCCAAGAUGGACAAAUUGAAAAAAUUUGGGAAACGACGCCGUGCCUCAGUGGGUGACCUUUUGUCGGGCAUUCAAGGAGGUCUGCGGGGGCUUCAAGAAAAGAUAAACCAGCCAGAGCCUCAAGAAAAGAAGGAGAAGGAGAAGGAGAAUGAGAAGAUGCACCAACGAAAACGAAGCUUCAGCAUGCUUAGUAAUCUCUUUACUCGUUCCGAGUCUCAAAAUCCAGUCGACGUGAACAACAGUCGCUCAAAAUCUGCGGCCGAUGGCUUCGACAAAGAUCUGCCAGCUCCCCCUUUGACCGACGGCACACGCUUGUCGGCUUCACAGGACGGCCGUAAACGUUCUGCAAAGAAUGCUCCGUCUGAAACACCAGUCGCUAGAUCCGAGUUGGGCGGACGACUUUCUAGCGAAACCGCAUCUCGCCAACGCGCAAGUAUACAUCUUCCUCCUAGUGAAUCAGACAAUGCCUUGGCAUCUGGUCGCUUCUACUCCCAGGCUCCAUCUACCGACCACCCACCUUCAGCUCAACACAUUCGUGUGAAGAGCAUGCCUCUAAUGAGCAAGCCCCCGUCUCCUGUACCGCAUUCUGAGUCGAGCCAUAGCGGCGCCGUGAACUCCCAGCCAUAUGGACCUGAAGACCGGGUUUCCCAAGAGCAGCAGGUGGUACGUCAGUUUUCUGAAGAGGGCGCACACAGCUUCCCUCAGACAGCUGGAGAAUUUGAGGAGCAACAUUAUUCCCAGCCAAACAAGUCAGCCUGCGAGCCUAAUAUUAGCAUCAAAUCCCGAAAACCCAUCGAUACUCAGCCCGAGUCCAUUGUGACUAUCGAGCCCAAAAAUAUCGUCGUCUCGGGUAUGUCCACCAUGACUUUUUCAGAACAUCCCCACCGCGAUGAGACCAAAACAUUAAAUCGCAACUCUGAGCCUGUCGAACUUGCCCUCAGAGAUGAUGAAAGUGAUGAGAUCGUCAUGUGCUCCACUGCCUACCCAGGACAAGAAUGGGCGCCUAUGCAUAUGUAG